UACCCAAGGCCUAAAAAUAAAGUAGGUGGAAAAAAAUAACACUACCGUACCGUACUACAAAAUUACAACACAAAUCACGCUCAAAUUCUCAUUAAAUAAAUUUAAUUCUAUUCAAGUUCGUACAUACCACAAUAUUCGGUUAAUAAACGUUAUAAAAAUAGCAAAAUCUGGAUAUAUUAAUUUGGCAAUUGUAAUAGCAGGUGCCUUUCAUUAAUAAGAACAUAGGAAAAGAAUUUGGGUAAAUAUGUCGCGCCAAGUGGAUUCUAAUUCUAAUAUUACCAAAUUACUAGAUGGCUUAGCUUUAGAUGGCGACGAAAAUACUAUUUGUGAUUUUACUAUUGCUGAUCAAAAUUGCGUUGCUGAAUCUCAAGGUAUUACACCUACCACUUCGUCAAAUUUCAAACCGGUAUUAGGCAGCAACGUCACUUAUGUUGUUGCUUGUGUCAUUAUAAAUGAAUCUAACGAGGUCUUGAUGAUGCAAGAGGCUAAAGAGAGUUGCGCAGGCAAGUGGUAUUUACCGGCUGGACGCAUGGAGAAGAAUGAGACCAUCGUGCAGGCUGCAGCAAGAGAGGUUCUAGAAGAAACAGGACUUGAAUGCAAUCCUACGACCCUUCUAGUGGUGGAGACUGCAGGCGGAAUGUGGUACAGAUUUGUCUUAACUGGUGAAGUAGUUGGUGGUGAACUAAAGACACCUGCAAGAGCAGACAAAGAAUCAUUACAAGCUAAAUGGAUCUCUAAUCUACAAGAAAUAACAUUGAGAUCUAAUGAUAUUCUUCAUCUUAUUGAAAAAGCUCAAUUAUACCACAACAGGAACCGUGACAGUCAGUGGCAUAAAACUAUAUUACCUGCACUAGCACCACAUGUUAAAGAUUUAUUGAGGUUGAUAGUUGUCAUCAAGAAGAGAAGUACAAACAAGUUGCAUGUGUUGCUAAGUGAGAAAACUGCUUUACAUUUUCCAACAUGUGAAAUUAAUCCUGCUAAAAGCCUUCAUUCCACAUUAAGAAGGUUUAUGGUAGAGAUGUUUGGUGCUGAUGUAGGGCAACACAGGCCCUUGGGAUUGUUGAAUUUGGAACAUGAUCCAACAGCUGAUGGCUGCUGCCUGACUCUCCUUGUAGCUUUCAGAGCACCUCUAGAAGAGGUUCCACUUAUUGGUAAGUGUGUGUGGCAAGAACUUGAACGAGAUGUUGAGGACAGAUUACUAACAAUCAUUACAACAAAAAACUCAUCUGUAGAAUUACAUGUUGUGCGUUAAUAUGCUUUAAAGACAAACAUAGUAUUAGAUUAUCAUAUGAUAAAUACUCAAUAUACAGCUUCCAUUGUUAUUAUGAAGUGAUUAAUUACUCCGUCCAUUAAUGUUAUUGUCAGUUGGAGUAGGUGGUUCCUAGGUUUAGAUCUGAUAUUGAUAGUAAUCAUACCAUAAAAUGUUUCUAACUUAUUAUUACAGAACAAAAUUCGAAAUUCACUUUAUAUCAUGUUAAAAAUCUUGCCAUUUUUAACUACUACAGAUCUGAUAUUGGUGUAAAUUAUGUUUUUAUGCUUCGAAAAUGUUUUGAUUUCAGGAAUUUUGAAUAUAUCACUUUUGUUCUAUGAGUAGACAUACAGAUAAUAAUGUACUCGUUGAACAUAAAAUCAAUACACUAACACUGGGUUAAGGUUUAAACUUAACUAUAUUGACAUUUUUUUCAUAGUGUACUUUUACUAAUAACAAUAACAUGUACUCUGAAAAAAAAAGAAAAAUGUAUAACUCAAGUAUUCUUUAUCAUUAUAGUCUGAGAUUGGAGGCAUUCCAUGGUUUUAACAUAGUAUUAUAUUGUAAUAUAAUUAAAAAAAGAUGUAAAGUAUUAUUUAUAUAAAACUUACUGAACAGUACCUGUUAUUGGGUAAAAGAUCUGUUUGGCCAAUUAAUCUUUAGAUCACUUUGAUUGCAGUUAAGGAAUUUAGGUUUAUAUUUUUCAAUAGAAUACCACAAAGAGCUCUCUAUAUUGAAGGAGUGUAAAAGAAACAAAAACAUAAAACAAAUGACAUCAAAGAAUUAUCCACUAUUUAGUUUAUAGAUGCUGUUAAUCAGUAUUUGAAUAUAUUGUAUUAUAAUUAUUAUAACUUAUUUAUUACAUGACCAAAUAGAACUAUUAUCCAAUUGAUUCUAGACAAAGAGAAUAAUCAUUUUAAGGGCUUAUUAUUAAUGCGAAAGUAGCCUGUAGUUUUAAUAUUGAUAUAUUUUUUUA